AUGGACCACGACCUUGCCCCUGCUCCUCCAGAGAUGCAGCCGCACGGAGGCCCUGGCCCCAGACCCUUCUCCCGCAGCCACUUGCUGGGGCGCCCUGCCCACCCCUCAAGGCUCCCUGGAGGGGUGUCCCCGCUCAUCCCUGUCCUCAGGAAGACCAUUCGCCUGGAUGCCUUUCCCCAAAGCCACAUCCCACAGGCUUCCAGCCGACCAGACCCUGGAUUCAGGGCCCGGAGCGUGGGCCCCCAGGAGAUUGUCUUCGCCUCUGGGGCUGCCCCAGGCCCCCUGCCUGCCAACGGCCUGGUACCCAGGAAGCUCAGCUCCAUCUCCUUAACACUGCGUCAGAGUAGCCAGGCGCGGCCUCCGGACCCCCAACCUUCUCACUGGGAAGAGUUGCCCACCCUGGGCAGGGAGACUACCACUCACAGAGAAGGGAAGCUGCUGGCUCCAGGUUCAUCACCUGCAACCCCGGUGCCAGGGGGCAGGACCCGCUCCCAGGGUCCAGGGAUCCCAGGUCUGGCCAAACCCAGCAGGAUGCCCACGACUGAGAAGCCCCUGGUGAGUUCACACCUGGCUCUACCUUUCCAAUCCAGGUUAGCCCAGAGCCCCCCAGGCCCUCCAGGGCCAGGCCCGGCAGGUCAGGAGCACCCUGUCCCAAUGACGGCCCACAAGACCCCCAGAGUCGCCACAGGUAGGGGCAAGCUGCGGCCCAGGAGUAUCCCCAGGCCCCGGCUGCGUCUCCAAAGGGCCACCACUCCCACUGGGUCUGCAAUGGCCAUGGGUUUGGCCACUCCGGGCACAGCAAGGCCGGGCACAGCCAGGCAUUUAGCUACAUUGGCCACCAACAGACCCAGCCUGGCUAUCAAUACAGACAGACUGGACAUAGGCACAGAGUUCCUUGUUCUGGAUACCAAGCUGGGCACAGCCAUGGACUUGUCUACAGUAGGCCCAGGCCAGUCAGGCAAAGCCACGAACUUCGCUACAGUGGGCAAAACCAAGCCGGGCAUGGACCUGGAUUUGGCAACUCCAGGCCUAGACAAACUGGGCACAGCCUUGGCUACAGAGGGUACAACCAAGCCACAUAUGAACAUAGGGGAUACAGCCAUGAUUUUGGCAACACCUGCCAAACUGGGCUCAGCCAUGGAUUUGGCUGCAGUGGGCACAGCCAAUUUGAACAUGGAUUUGGUACAAACAAAUACAGCCAAGCUGGGCAUAGCCACGGAUUCUUUUGCUUUGGACACAAACAGUCUGGUCACCCCACAGCCAGCCAUUAGGGAGGCCACAUUAGGCAGUGUCAUCAACCUGACUCCAUCAGACAUUGCCAUCUACCCAAUGAUGCCACGCAGAAGCAUAGACCUAAUCCUGGACCACACUAUGGUAGAUGCUGCCACACAGGACCUGGCCAGAGAAAUGAAAGGGCUCCCAGAGACCAGGACGGACGCAGCCAUGUCAGAGCUGGUGCCCGAGCCCAGGCCGAAGCCGGCAGUGCCCAUGAAGCCCGUCGGCAUCAACUCCAACCUGCUGGGCUACAUUGGCAUUGACACCAUCAUCGAGCAGAUGCGCAAGAAGACCAUGAAGACAGGUUUCGACUUCAACAUCAUGGUCGUCGGUCAGAGUGGGCUGGGCAAGUCGACACUGGUGAACACGCUCUUCAAAUCCCAAGUGAGCCGCAAGGCCUCCAGCUGGAACCGGGAGGAGAAGAUUCCCAAGACGGUGGAGAUCAAAGCUAUUGGGCAUGUGAUAGAGGAAGGUGGGGUCAAGAUGAAGCUGACUGUCAUCGAUACCCCUGGCUUCGGAGACCAGAUCAACAAUGAAAACUGCUGGGAGCCCAUUGAGAAGUACAUCAACGAGCAGUAUGAGAAGUUCCUGAAGGAGGAGGUGAACAUUGCCAGGAAGAAACGCAUCCCUGACACUCGCGUCCACUGCUGCCUCUACUUCAUCUCCCCCACAGGACACUCCUUGCGACCUCUUGACCUGGAGUUCAUGAAACACCUCAGCAAAGUCGUGAACAUCAUCCCUGUCAUUGCUAAGGCUGAUACCAUGACCCUGGAGGAGAAGUCUGAAUUCAAGCAAAGGGUGCGCAAGGAGCUUGAAGUCAAUGGCAUUGAAUUCUACCCCCAGAAGGAGUUUGAUGAGGAUUUGGAGGACAAGACGGAGAAUGACAAAAUCAGGCAGGAGAGCAUGCCCUUCGCCGUGGUGGGAAGCGACAAGGAGUACCAGGUGAACGGCAAGAGGGUCCUUGGCAGAAAAACUCCCUGGGGGAUCAUUGAAGUGGAAAACCUCAACCACUGUGAAUUUGCCUUGCUUCGAGACUUUGUCAUCAGGACCCAUCUCCAGGACCUCAAGGAAGUGACACACAACAUCCACUAUGAGACCUACAGGGCCAAGCGACUCAAUGACAAUGGCGGCCUCCCCCCAGGGAAAAGUCUCCUCCUCACGGUCCUUCCACAUGUGCCGGCCACCCUCUGCCCCACUGCUGAAUGGAGGCCCCUUCAAGUGCUGCUUCUCCCUCCACUCCUCCCAGCUUCUCCCAGCCCUUUUCAGUGCCAACACAGCGCCUCCCAGCCAUCAGCAGGUGUGAGGGGGCAGGCGCCUCUAGGACAGUUGUCUCCUCGAUGUAUCCAAACCACCCCUCUCCUCCCACCGGCAUAGGGUUUCUCGCCAGUGCGACCCUACUCCCUCGUCUGUGUCAGCCAGCCCCAGCCCAUCUGUAGGGUGAAAGAACUCCCCAAGAGCUGCUUCUGCCCUUGCAAACCCAUACCAGCUACUUGUAACCAUCUCCAAGGGAAAUUGGCUUUGCUCCCUAACCACGUCUGCAUGAGCUACUCUUGGCUCCCUUGAAGGGUCAAGAAAGCAACUUUUCUGCUUGUCAGAUUCGUUGAAGUCAGCUGUUUUGAGCCCCGAUGUGGGACAAGGGUGUCUCCUUCAUUGCUUAAAGGUGUUUUUAAGGAUAGGUCACUACAGAUGUGGGGGAGCAGGGGCUAGGAUCACAUUUUAAAAAAUCACCACUUGUGGCUGGCCUGGAGUGUGGACAGGCACCCUCCCCACUCCAUGAUGCAGCCACUUGGAAUGAUUUACCUGAAGACAUUUCUGAAGUUGGCGACCCUAUCCCCAAACUUAAAAAAAGAACUACGCACACACACACACAAAGCCCCAGAAACCCAUGAGAUGUGAACUCUAGGAAGAAAAAAAGCACCUUUCUGUCCAUUUAGCAAUAAGAGGGAACUCUUCCCACCUACCCUAAUACCCUGUUAAUGUGAGGAAUGAAUUAGCCUGGCCACAGGUGGUCAUUGUAGGCUAAUGGCAAAUACCCAAUGGAGGGCCAAGGCCCCAUCAGAUGCAUGAAUGUUUGCGGAUGUCAGCUGCCACUGCUCCAUACACUGUGUCUUUAUGGAAUCCACCCUCCUCACCCAUCUCCACCAGGACACAACUUGCUCAAAGGCUGGUGACUUGUGAGCCAUUGAUCUACAACCAAGUCCUGAUGGAGCAAGAGGCCCAAGCCCAGGGGAUGCAAGAACGACCCAUUUCUUAAAUUUACCAGUCCCAGCCAACCUUUUGGUAAUGUUAUGGUUAAAUUUCCCAAUUGAAACCAAGCCAACAGACACACAAACUGGUCAUGUAAAUGUUGCUAGACUUUGUGUUGUAUAACUAAACAUUGCUGUUUGAACAACAA